AUGGUAGAAACGGAUAAUACUGAGGACCUUCCUGAGUUCACUGUCCUGAAUGUUUUAAAAGACAUUUAUAAUGGCAUUCACUCUUUGAUAUUUGACCCAUUGUGCAAUAAAAUUGUGAUUCCAAUAAUAAUUACAGUUGGAUCAAUCAUCAGUAAGAUAGUGCCAUCCUUGGUACCUUACACCGAAAUAGACUACAUCACUUAUAUGCAGCAAAUUGAAGUGAUUAAUAAUGGCGAGUUGGACUAUGACCUAAUCUAUGGCGAUAGUGGGCCAAUUGUUUAUCCUGCUGGCCACGUACAGAUUUACCAAAUACUAUACUACUUCACUAAUGGGGGAGAAUACAUCAAUACUGCCCAAAAACUCUUUGGAUAUCUAUUUACUAUAAGCUUACUUAUGGUGUUGGUAAUUUACUCGAUGGCUCCUGGAAUCCCACCGUGGACUUUGUACUUACUUAUUUCAAGUAAGAGGUUAAUAUCGAUAUACGUUUUGCGUCUUUUCAAUGAUUGUUUUACUACCUGGUGUAUGAUUGGAGUAACCCUCUUGUUGCAGCAAGCUUCAUAUUGGUAUUCGUCUAGCUCAACGAUCUCGUUUUGGUUAGCUAUCCUUGCGGCAGAUCUCUAUAGUAUUGCGAUAUCCAUCAAGAUGAAUGCUCUUUUGUAUUUUCCAGCUUUCUUAGUCGUUCUUUACUUUUUAAUGGGUGAGAAUGUCCUAAAGUUUUGCCUGGCUUUACUUGUCAUUCCAAUAGUUCAAUUGCUUGUUGGCUGGAAGUUCAUUUUACCAUUGUAUAAUGAUGAGGAAGCAAUUGCAAUCAGAAAUAACUAUUUCUCCCAAGCAUUCAAUUUCAAAAGAAAAUUUCUAUUUAAGUGGUCUGUAAAUUGGAACUUCUUAGGAGAGGAUAUCUUUUCUAGUGACUUAUUUGCAAAAGCGCUACUCGCAUUGCAUUUUGUUGUUUUAAUUGUGUUUUUCUGCACCAGGUAUACUAACUCCAAGAUCACUAAGAAACUGUUAAUCCAGCUAAUUAAAGACUUUUUUAAACCAUACCUGACAAUUUCGCCUCGAAACUCGUUUAUAAAUUAUAAAACAGGGCCCAAAUUGAUAUUGUUAAUCAUGAGUACUUGUAAUCUAAUUGGGGUAUUGUUUUCAAGAUCCUUGCAUUACCAGUUUUUGUCUUGGUACUGCUGGCAGCUACCUUUUUUAAUCUAUAUGACGAAUUGGAACAUAGUAAUUGGCCUAGGUAUUUGGAUAAUUCACGAAUAUUGCUGGAAUGUUUAUCCUCCUAAUACCAUUAGCUCUGGCCUUUUGGUUACUUUGAAUUCUGUAGUUUUAUUAGGUGUUUGGACUAAUAAGUCCGCAUGGUUAGACCCAGAAUCUGAUGAUGAAUUGCAAGCUAAAAAGCAAGAAUAG